CUCAAUAAGUUCUCCCGCUAUACCCUCCACCAUGGCCACCACCGACCCGAAACCCAUCUUCAUCGCCAUCAUUGGCGUCGGCGGCGUCGGCAAAGCCUUCCUCACCCAACUCGACACCCUCCGCCUCCGCCUAUCCCGCUCCAACCCCCCGACCGACCUCCGCCUCAUCUACGCCCGCCGCUCCACAAAACAGCUCUUCAGCACCUCCUGGACACACCUCGACAUUCCCUCCCUGACCGCCACCCUCGACGCCUCGGGUUCCCCUCCCCCGCCUUUCAAUGAAACCUUCGGCCAGCUCGCCAGUGGCCCGGGUCGCGUGGUGCUGGUGGACAAUACCUCUUCUCCUGACCUCGGAAGUCUGUACCCCAUGAUCCUGCAACGAGGGAUCAGCAUCGUGACACCGAACAAGAAAGCUUUCUCCGACAACUUCGCGCUCUGGUCGUCCAUCUUCUCCUCCGCGGCCAAUGGAACCGGUUCGCCCUCCGCUGGGUAUGUCUUCCAUGAAUCCUCCGUCGGAGCCGGUCUACCCGUCCUGUCCACUUUGAAAGAGCUAGUCGAGACCGGCGACGAGGUGACGAAGAUCGAAGGCGUCUUCAGCGGUACCAUGUCCUUCCUCUUCAACUCUUUCCAACCGCUCGGUGGAGGUGGAGGCGCCUUCGCAGCGGAGGUCAAGAACGCGAAGGAUUUGGGAUACACGGAACCAGAUCCGAGGGAUGAUUUGAACGGGUUGGAUGUAGCGCGGAAGUUGACCAUUCUCGCGCGACUGGCGGGACUGGAGGUCGAGUCACCCACCUCGUUUCCUGUGCAGAGUCUCAUCCCGAAGGAACUGGAGUCUUGCUCUUCUGGAGAUGACUUCAUGACCCGUCUGCCUGAGUUUGACGCGAACAUGGACGAGCUGAAAGAUGCGGCGACAAAAGAGAACAAAGUUGUGCGGUUCGUGGGAAGCAUCGAUGUAGCGAGCAAGCAGGUCAAGGUUGGGUUGGAGAAAUUCGACGCUUCGCAUCCAAUUGCGGCGUUGAAGGGGAGUGACAACAUCAUCAACUUCUACACGAAGCGGUAUGGGAGCAAUCCGUUGAUUAUCCAGGGCGCUGGAGCGGGUGGAGAGGUGACGGCGAUGGGCGUGACGGGAGAUCUGAUCAAGGUUUUGAGGUUGUUGCAGUAGAUUUAGGUGAGAGAUGGGGAGAUUCAGCGACAGCAAAGGCAUCACAGCUUCCAAAGGCAAGCGGCUUGUGCUGAUGAGAAUUGUGAAUGAGCGGAUGUGAGAGGGAAUGGACACAGAACGUCCAGCAAAUCUUGGGCAUU